AUGGAAAGAAACGGCGACUUAAACGGGGAUAGUGAUCCGAAAAGGCGAAAGUUGAAUGGAGGCGGGGGACCUAUGGAAUUCAAGCCGGGCAAUAUCCUCCGUCUACGAAUCUGGAACUUCACCACUUACUCAUAUGGAGAGUUCAUUCUUUCACCGACGCUAAACAUGAUUAUAGGACCCAACGGUACCGGAAAGUCAACAUUCGUUGCAGCUGUGUGUCUAGGUCUUGGAGGCAAAGUUGAUUUGAUCAAGAGGAAGAAUAUGGACUCUAUGAUCAAGUCGGGUUCUACUGAGGCUCUGAUUGAGAUCAAGCUUAGGAACAAGGAUGGAGAGCCCGAUGUCACGAUAAAGAGAACAUUCUUCCUCAAAAACACGAAAAGCCGAUGGUGGGUUAAUGGAUCCUCCAGCGAUGUGCUCAAAGUUCGCCAACUAGUGCUUGAUCUAGGUAUUCAACUAGAUAACCUAUGCCACUUCCUUCCCCAAGAACGUGUUGCCGAAUUCGCCACGCUAUCCCCAGAGAAGCUUCUUCUAGAAACAGAAAGAACAAUUGGUGACACCACCCUCCUUGACAAACAUGAGUUACUUAUAGAGCUAGAUACCAACUGGGUGGAAUUGAAUGCGGAUGUACAGAAGUUGGAGGAGAACAUCGCCGGUUUGGUUGCAGAUGUAGCUAAAUUUGAGCAGGAGGCUCAAAGAUAUGCUGAGUUUGAGGAAAAAGCGAAACAGAUUGAUUACCACAAGAAGCUUCUACCCUAUGCCAAACUUCAGGAUGUGAAGGAACAGAUGAAGGGUCUUAAGAAAGUUCGUGAUGAAGCGAAGCGUGCAUUGCAAGAAUUUGCAGCUACAACACAGCCUUUAUUAAGUCAGCGUGAUAUUGCUGAAAAGGAUCUAGAGGCACAAAAGGAGAGGAUUAUCAAGCAUAAAGAAGCGCUUUCACAGAAAAAUGAGGACGUCAAGACCAUCACCAAAAGGAUAGCAUCGCUUGAACAAUCUUUAGAAGAUACAAAAGGCGAUAUCGACUCUUUGCAGAACUCCACGGAGAAACGAAGAAAGGAGCUACAGAGAACACGGGAGGAAAAAGAUACUCUACAAAACAAGUUGCUGACAUUAGAGGAGGUUGAUGAAGAUGAAAUCAAGCGGCUCUCUGAAGCAAGACAGGAAAAGCAUGACGAGAAGCUUCGAAGAGACGAAGAUGUGGAAAAUCUUGUCUUUGAAGUAAGCAGCUUGAAGCGUGAACAUGAAUCUAAUGAGAUAAAGAUGCGUGAUGAAAGGCGCAAGCUUGAAAAUGACGAUAAGCUAGAGAUUUUAAACACCAAGGGCUCUCGUUAUCGACCUGAGAUAUUAGAGAGCACAUAUAAGGCACACCUUUGGCUUAGAAAGGAAAGACGCAAUCACGGUCUCAAAUUCUAUGAGGCUCCUGUUGUUUCAUGUCAUGUCACCAACCAGAAAGUGGCCAAAUCGUUUGAAAAGGUUGUGGACAAUAACUCCUUGUUCGCCUUGUUCUUCGAUAACGAAACUGAGUAUCAGAAGGUGUCUCAGAUCUUGCCGCGUGAACUCAACGUUCCCAUGAGAGUUGUUUCGAGUGAGGAGACUCCACAAUCCCCAGUUUCGGUUUCCGUACUACGUGAGUACGGGUUUGAAGGCUACCUUUCGGAUUUUGUCGAUGGACCUCCCUCUGUGGUGAAGGCCCUCAAGCAACGUUCUCAAAUACAUGCCAUUCCUGUUGCUACCAAGCCUAUCGAUACAGAGGUGGUGAAGAAACUUCUCGUUCCUGAUGCCAAUGGUAAGGUACCAUUCAUGAGGUUUAUUGUCGAGAAUAACCUUUAUUCAGUGGGCAGGUCCAAGUACGGUAGCAGGCAAGUCUUCUAUCGUACAGAAUACAUUGGGGAGGCUCAAUUGAUGGGCUCCAGGGAACUCACUGAAGAGAUGAAACGCGAUAUCAAGCGUAAAGUCAUCUCCUACAAACAGAAAUUGGACGACAUUUUGGAGAAGCGUGAAUCUAUCAGCAAACAAAAACUGCAGCAUCAAGAGGCGCUACUUGCAAUAUCUGAUGAACUCACAAAGUUAGACUCGGAGAUUCGCUCGCUUAGAAAAAAGAAGGAAGCUGUCCUGAGAAUUCAAGAGACUAUUAAACAACUAGAGUCUAGAAUUACGAAACUCAAGGAAAGUAUGACUCAAGAUGACACCAUGAAAAUCAAGGAGGCGGAAAACAAGUUGAUGAAUCUCUAUGUCGAGCACUCACAGGAGUUUAUGAAGAUGGCGGAGGUAAAAGAAAGAAUUGUGAUGGAAAAUUUGGAGCUCAAGAAGUCCGAGCUCUUGACACAACAAUCAAAGAGUAAGGUUCUUUCCAUUCAAUCUCUCUUAGAAGAGCUCGACCUCCAUAAAGUCGAUUUGCAAGAAAAAUACGCCGAUGCAAAGAGCCGAUACGAUCAGUAUAAGAAGGGUGAUGCUGCAAAAGAAAUCAGAGAACAAUAUCUCACUGACUCCGAUCGUGAGGUCGUUAGAGGGCUUGCAGAAACCUAUCUCAAUAAUUCCCAAUUAUCCGAGCAUUAUAUUCUUAUCAAGAUUGAUCAGCUCGAAGAUGAAUUGAGUUUACUCUCCAACGCAGACAAGGGCUCCAUUGAGCUGUUGAAGCAGAAGCGUGCCGAUCUCGAGAUCUCGCAAAGGCAACUUCCUGACCUACAACGAAAGAGAGAUGAUCUCAAGCAGAGAAUAGACAACGUCUCCGGUCCUUGGCAGGGAGAGCUUGGUGAUAUGGUCGAGAAAAUGUCCCAAACCUUCCAAAAGAAUUUCAUUACAGUUGCUAGUGAUGGUCAAGUACGGUUAGUAAAGCUGGAACGAUUCCAGGAUUGGAAGCUUGAAAUUCUUGUCAAGUUCAGAGAAAACUCGGAACUCAAGGUUCUCGAUCACCAGUCACAGUCAGGAGGCGAAAGAGCUGUGUCCACAAUCUUUUUUAUCAUGUCACUACAAGGAUUGACCAAUGCGCCCAUCAGGAUUGUGGAUGAAAUCAAUCAGGGAAUGGAUCCCAAGAAUGAAAAGAUGGCACACAAAUAUUUCCAAUGA